GAGGGAAUUCUGGCUGCACAUGAGUGAUUGUCUCUGGGACAAACGCGACCUCCAUUGGAGAGGUGAAACCGAAGUGUUGAAUAUUUUCGUACAAACUCUGAUACGCCCUCCCCAAAGCAGCUUACUUCUUCAACAUGCCGACGGUCAUCGAGAGCGUUUCUAAGCUGUACGGCAGGAUAUCUCAGCUCGAGAGUCAGCGACUUGCGGACCAUCCCAUGGAGCGGGAGAUAACGCUGCGCGCCAUCCGCAAGGGCCUGUCCUCUGCCUCUGCCUCGGGCACUGGGCCCAAGCGGAUCGCUGACAUCGGCGGCGGCCCCGGCAAGAUAGCGUUUGCGCUCGCCGACGAGGGCCACGACGUCGAUCUCAUCGACCUGACGCCUGAGCUGAUCCGGCUGGCCCAGACUGAACAGGACCAGCGGAGGGCAGCUGGAAACCGGCCGCUGCUCCGCAGCAUCGCCGUGGGGAAUGCACUCGACAAGUCCGCGCUCCCCGAGGGCGCUUACGACGCGGUCUUGCUGCUCGGGCCGCUGUACCACCUCCUGGAAGAGUCGGAGCGCGCAACGGCAGUCUCUCACGCGCUCGAGCUGGCAAGGCCCGACGGAGGGUUGGUGUUUGUCGCGUUCGUCACCAUCGACGCGCACCUGCGAGACGUUGCAAUGCGUAACCCGGGCAAGAUUGUCGAGCUCAAGGAGUUCUAUUCGAAAUAUCUGAUUGACGGGCGGUAUGAGAAGUUCGAGCCAGGACAGGAGAAACCCACGGUGCAGUCCUUCCACACACGCCCGGACGACGUCCGAGCCUUCUUUGCCAAGCACUUCGCCGAUUCUCUUCAGCUGGUGCCAAGCACUUCGCCGAUUCUCUUCAGCUGGUGGAGCUGCGGUCAACCGAGGGAAUCCUAGGCGGCGGUCUCGACGCCACGCUGGCGAAGUCGAGCGACGAGAUCGUGCAGGCUUGGGCUGACCUCCUGUUUGAAAGCUACUCGACCAACGAACAGCAUUUGGGCUGUGCGGACCACCU